UAGCUGAGCUAUCGGCUCGUUAUUCUUAAUCGACGGCUCGCUGCAGACGGUGCAAACAUCGCACGGCAAAACUUAACGAAAAGAAUAUAUCGCGCGUGCGUAACAGUCUAUACAGAGACAAAUAUAUAUAUACAUAUAUAUAUAUAUAUACAUACUUAUGGCUAAUGCCGAAAAACAGCAAUUGCUAAACAGUUUAAUGAUAAAUUAAGUGAACAAGUGGCUGACGAUCGCAAAACUAGUUUACAGCUUGCCGCACUUGCAACACACACACACACACACAAACGUACACAGAAAUAUUUUUGCAAACAAACAUUGGUAAAAUUAUCAUCAAAUAAGAAACACCGCCAUGUCCGUGGCCAGUGGGGCUGACAAUGCCACUGUGGGGCACCUGCUGCAGUUGGCCAACGAGUUGACCACAAAUCGAUCGGCCGCUCUAACGGCCACAGCCGCUUUGUAUAACAAUCGGAGACGUUUGAUAUUCAGUUUGAUUGUCAUGGGGCUCGGAGUGAUCGGCAAUUUUCUGGCAUUGAUUAUUUUGGCGCGCAAAAAGCAUAACAAGAACAGCAAAUACACCUUUAUGUUGCGCUGCCUGGCCACAAACGAUUUGGUCGGUCUGCUGGGCAUGUUGACUGCUGCGCUMUUGAAGUACAAUUUCUUUGAGGAGGAGGAGGUGCCGUUCUUUGUGCGACUGGACUGUGUGGGUCAUGUGGUGUGGCGUUUCUUUGGCGUCAGCUCGGGCUGUAUCGCAGCCGUAAUGGCUGCCGAGAGAUGUAUGGCCCUUGCACGUCCCUUCAUCUAUCACAAGCACAUCACCUAUGAGCUGAUACAGAAGAGCGUCAAUAGCAUUUUGCUGGUGGCCGUCGUAAUUACGUUUUUGCCCUUUGUUGGCUUUGGCGCCUACAUUGACGAAACGAAUCCGGAGAAAUUGAAAUGUAUACGCUAUCGCGAUGCCCCAGGCACCUUGAACAAGGCGUACUCAAUAUUCUUUAUGGUGUUUGGCAGUUUACUUUGCGUGGUUAUUGUCGCCUGUAAUUUGUUUGUGGCGCGUGUACUGUGGGUCAUUGGACGCAGUCGCACCACCAAGCGGCAUAUGCAAUACAAUCUGGUUAAUCGCGAGAAGAGUGUGCGCAGCAUCGAUGCCGAGAGCAGCAGCGGCACCACACUCUAUUCGGCUCAGCCGUACAGCACCAGCACCGGCGGCGGCAGCAGCCACUACAAUAUGCCACCACCACGUCAAUUCCAUCAUAGCAACAGCGUAACGAUGACUGCCGAGACCUCACCUGAUGAGAUCAAGUUUGCAAAGCUUAUGGCAUUCCUUAGCAUCUCCUUUGUCAUCUGCUGGAUGCCACAGAUGAUUGCCAUUCCACUGGCCAUUCGGCAAGAUCGUGUGCCCAAAUCGCAUCCAUACUUCAUCAUAGCCGAUGUCCUGAUGGCCCUGCACUUCACUCUCGAUCCGUACAUCUACGUGCUGAGCCGCACCAAGAGCAUCAAUUGGUCGCUGCUCGGCUGCAUCAAGCGCUGGCGUUGCGGCUGGCGCGGCGGCCGACUGCAGCGUUCGCAGAGCGAUCAGAGUCGCAUUCGCACCACCACAACGGAGCAGAAUACCCUGGAUUUCAAUUAGGUCAUGCAGAUCUCUUCCGUCUGCAAUACCCUAUGUACUUAUUAGACCUAUCUCUCU